AUGGCACUCACGGCCGUAGCAGGCCCGGCACUCCGCGUCACAAAGCCAGAAGAACUCGUCCCCUUUGCCCAGGUGCUCACUAGAGCGUUCGCCAACGACAAGCUGAACCGAUAUCUGUUCCUCGGCCGCGAAUCUCGCCCUGACCACCCCAGGCUCUCGCAGCACGAGGAGAGACUGCAGUACUGGCUGUCGGGCGUGCAGAAGCGGUUCGAAAGGGAGUCUGUGCUGUUACAGAGUUCUGAUUUCGCGGCGGUGGCACUCUGGAUCCCCCCCGGCGUCGAAAAGCCCGAACCCCCGACCACGGCCACAGAGGGGGUGUUCGAGUACACGACGAAAGUCAAGCAGGCCAAAAAGAAACACCUCGGCGACCGACUACAUUGGAAUCUCAACCUGAUUGGGCGGAUGCCAGAUAGAUCCGACAGAGGAGCCAUUCGGGCAUUGAUCAGUCCCAUGUUGGAAAAGGCCCGCGAGGACAACCUGCCCGCGUGGCUCGAAGCGACCAACGACCACGCGAGAGACGUAUACGCCCAUCUCGGCUUCAAGGUGGUCGACCAGUUCAGGAUAGGCGAGGGCGUGGUCAACUCGGAGGGCUGGAUCCAGGAGAACGGCGAGGGUGUGUUGAUAUACGCCAUGACUGCUGGGUUGUGA